AUGACUCGAACGAAUAAUAAUAACAUUGAACAUUCGCCAUCUCGAACAUCAUCCUCUUCAUCAUCGGCUAUAGCUCAACCUUCUUCAACUGAGCCAAAAGAUAUCAUCAAUCAGAAUGAGCUGACCAUUCAAAAGCUUCUGCUUGAAUUACAAGAUGAUCUGAAACAAACGAAAGAAUGUUAUAAUCAAAGUCGUGAUGCUUGGCUUUCAAUUCAACAACAGCAACAACAACAAAAAUCGUCCACAUCACCGAAUGAGAAUCUAAAUUCUCAAUCAAUAAAAUCGAAUGUAUCACAAGCACUAACAAACGUUCAAAAUGAAAUUGAGAUGUACAAAACAGCAUUAUCGAAAAUAUCUCAAGUUCGUCAAUUACAAAUUGAAAUCACCAAUUGUGAUGUUAACUGUCGUCAAUUAAACUCGUUUCUCCUCGCGGGCAAGUGCAAAAUGAAAUACAUAUCAAACGAUUUCUACACAGAAGAAGAAGAGAAAUACUUUUAUCAUGUGCAGUCUCAGUUUUCGAACUGUGCCUCACAUCGAAUGAUUGCUCGUACGAAUGGCGACGUUGCACAAUAUAUAGAAAUAGAAUAUUAA